ACAUCAGUGUUUGAAAAUUUUGAACUUUUGGGAUUCAUAUAUCCCAAAGAUCUAAAGUCCUUGUUGCUUGUCUUCUUCUUUCUCAUGUACAUAUUGUCUCUUUCUGGAAACAGUUUGAUCCUCUUAGUGGUAGCCCUAGAACCUCAUUUGCACAAACCUAUGUACUGGUUUCUCUGCCACCUGUCUGUCAUAGACAUAAUGGUCUCCUCGGUGGUGGUACCUAAGUUGAUUGCCUGGCUGGUAGAGGGCAAUGGAAUUAUCUCCUUUGGACAAUGUGCAACCCAGCUUUUCUUCUUCCACUCUCUUGGCUGUGCAGAAUGCUUGCUGUACACUGUGAUGGCCUUUGAUCGCUUCCUGGCCAUCUGCAAACCACUCCACUACAGCACAAUCAUGAACCGCCAAGUUUGCCUCUGUCUUUCUAUUGGUGCCUGGUUUGGAGGCUGCUUGCACUCUGUGGUAGAGACGUACCUCACCUUCCGUUUGCCAUAUGGUCGGGGAAGCCAGGUGAGCUACAUCUUCUGUGACAUCCCAGCUGUGCUGAAGCUGGCCUGUGCGGACACAUCCCUCAAUCAGUUGGUGAUUUUGGUUGAUGUUGAGUUUGUGGCGGUUACCUGCUUCCUCCUGAUCCUGACAUCUUAUGUGUACAUAAUAUCUGCCAUCCUGAGGAUUCCCACUGCCAAAGGGAGACAGAAGGCCUUCUCCACUUGCACAGCCCAUGUCACCUUAGUGUUGAUAUACUAUGUGCCUGUGGUUUACAAUUACCUGCGUCCACCAUCCCAGGAAUCCCUUGAUGGUGUGGUUGCCAUGUUCUACACAGCAGUGACCCCCUUCUUAAACCCCCUCAUAUACACGCUAAGGAACAAUGAGAUGAAAGUGGGUGUGAAGAAAUUGUUCAGUAGAAACCACAGUGCUCCCUUAACUAACUGA